AUGCUGUACUGGCAGCACAGCCCCUUCUUCGCGCACCGGUGGCAUAUCGGGUGCUGUUUACCGCAUCGUAUUUUCUGCAGACUAAAGCGUUACACGACUGCCGGACUUGACGAUGUUUGCGCUUGUAGGUUUGUACGGUCUGCACUUUGCAUAAGCAUUGAGAAUACUACUAUGUAUGAGUUGUUUGCGGGCUAA